UGCGCCCUGCUGAGUGCGCCGCGCUGUGCGCCCUGUCCGCACGCACCUCCCGCAGCCACUUUGUUUUGGUUUGCUUUAUUUCAUUUUCUUUGGUAAGGAGAGGAGGUGCGAAAUCCAACUGAAAAUGAGCCAAAAUGACUGAGAAAAUGUCCAGCUUUCUGUACAUCGGGGACAUCGUGUCCCUGUACGCCGAGGGCUCUGUUAACGGCUUCAUCAGCACGCUGGGGUUAGUGGAUGAUCGGUGUGUCGUUCAGCCGGAGGCAGGCGACCUUGCUAACCCUCCAAAGAAGUUCAGAGACUGCCUGUUCAAGGUGUGCCCUAUGAACCGUUACUCAGCCCAGAAGCAGUAUUGGAAGGCCAAGCAAGCCAAACAAGGAAACCACACAGAAGCAGCCCUGCUGAAGAAACUUCAGCAUGCAGCAGAACUGGAACAGAAGCAGAAUGAAAGUGAGAACAGGAAGCUGCUGGGUGAGAUUGUCAAAUACAGCAAUGUCAUACAGCUGCUGCACAUCAAGAGCAACAAGUACCUGACAGUCAACAAGAGGCUGCCAGCUCUGCUGGAGAAGAACGCUAUGAGGGUGUCUCUGGAUGCUGCAGGGAAUGAGGGAUCCUGGUUCUACAUCCAGCCCUUCUGGAAGCUGAGGAGUGAAGGUGACAAUGUUGUUGUGGGAGAUAAAGUUGUUCUCAUGCCUGUCAAUGCAGGACAGCCUCUACAUGCCAGCAACAUUGAGCUUCUAGAUAACCCUGGCUGCAAAGAGGUGAAUGCUGUCAACUGUAACACAAGCUGGAAAAUCACUUUGUUCAUGAAGUUCAGUAGUUAUCGAGAUGAUGUGCUAAAGGGAGGAGAUGUUGUUAGACUGUUUCAUGCAGAGCAAGAGAAGUUUCUGACCUGUGACGAGUAUGAGAAGAAACAACACAUUUUCCUUCGUACUACACUACGUCAGUCAGCCACUUCUGCAACAAGCUCUAAGGCACUGUGGGAAAUAGAGGUUGUCCAUCAUGACCCUUGCCGGGGAGGGGCAGGACAGUGGAACAGCUUGUUUAGAUUUAAGCAUUUGGCAACUGGAAACUACUUAGCUGCAGAGCUUAACCCACACUAUCCAGAGAGUAAAAAUGAAAGGAAGGCUUUGCAGAGAGACGGCGACCUUCCUGCUUCAAAGAAGAAGCGCCAGGCAGGGGAGAAGAUUAUGUACACUUUGGUCUCUGUGCCGCAUGGGAAUGACAUUGCUUCUCUCUUUGAACUGGAUGCCACCACUCUUCAGAGAGCUGAUUGCCUGGUUCCAAGGAACUCCUAUGUCCGGCUGAGGCAUUUGUGCACCAACACCUGGGUCACUAGCACCAGUAUUCCAAUAGAUGCUGAUGAAGAGAGGCCUGUCAUGCUAAAGAUUGGGACGUGCCAAACAAAAGAGGACAAGGAAGCUUUUGCUAUUGUCUCUGUUCCUCUGUCUGAGGUUAGAGACUUGGACUUCGCCAAUGAUGCAAACAAGGUUCUAGCAUCAACUGUUGCAAAGCUGGAGAACGGGGCAAUAACCCAGAACGAAAGGAGGUUUGUCACCAAGCUGCUGGAGGACCUCAUUUUCUUCGUUGCCGAUGUGCCCAACAACGGGCAGGAAGUGUUGGAUGUGGUUGUUACCAGGCCGAACCGGGAACGGCAGAAAUUAAUGAGGGAACAAAAUAUAUUGGCUCAGAUCUUCGGCAUCCUUAAAGCUCCUUUUAAGGACAAAGGAGAAGGAUCGAUGCUGAGACUUGAAGACCUGGGUGACCAGAGAUAUGCCCCAUACAAAUACAUGUUAAGGCUGUGUUACAGAGUUCUCAGACACUCCCAGCAGGACUAUAGGAAGAACCAGGAGUACAUUGCUAAGAACUUCUGCGUCAUGCAGUCCCAGAUUGGUUAUGAUAUUCUGGCAGAAGACACCAUCACAGCUUUGUUGCACAACAACAGAAAGCUCCUGGAGAAACACAUCACAGCUAAAGAUGAGACGUUUGUGAAUUUACUCAGGAGAAAUCGAGAGCCAAGAUUCUUGGAUUAUCUGUCAGACCUGUGUGUAUCUAACACCAUGGCCAUUACCAGUAACGCAGAACUGAUCUGCCAGUUUAUGCUGAGCCAGGGAAUGCUGACUCUCAUCCAGACCAAGCUGGUUUCAACACAGAUGGACAGCCUUUUCGAAUGUUCAGCUAUCUCAGAAGACAUUGAUGAGGAGGAAGUGUGGCUUUACUGGAUCGACAGUAACAAGGAGCCUCGCAAAGCUAUCAGGCAUCUGGCUCAGGAGGCAAAGGAGGGCACAAAAGCAGAUUUAGAAGUUCUUACCUACUACAGGUACCAGCUGAACCUCUUUGCACGGAUGUGCCUGGACCGCCAGUACCUUGCUAACCAGAUCUCCGCACAGCUGUCGGUGGACUUGAUCCUGCGGUGCAUGUCCGACGAGACUCCCUACGACCUCCGUGCUUCCUUCUGCCGCCUGAUGCUGCACAUGCACGUGGACAGAGACCCCCAGGAGUCCGUGGUGCCUGUCAGAUAUGCCAGGCUGGAGACUGAAAUUCCUACAAAGAUCACGAUUCAUGAGUAUGAUUCUUUCACAGACUCUUCAAGGAAUGAAAUGAAGAGGAAGUUUGCUCUAACUAUGGAGUUUGUAGAAGAGUACUGAAAGAGGUUGUCAAUCAGGCCCUUUCCUUUUGGAGACAAAGAGAAAAACAAACUUACAUUUGAGGUGGUGCACCUGGCUCGAAACCUCAUCUACUUUGGCUUUUACAGUUUCAGCGAGCUGCUCAGGCUGACCCGGACACUGUUGGCCAUUCUGGACAUCGUUCAGGUUCCUAUCUCGUCGUACUUCGAACGCCUGAGCAGGUUUCAAGAUGGAGGGAACAAUGUUAUGAGGACUAUCCAUGGUGUAGGAGAGAUGAUGACCCAAAUGGUGCUGAGCAGAGGAUCUGUGUUUCCCAUCAGUACCCCAGAUGUACAGCCAAGCCUUCACCCAAGCAAGCAAACCAGCACCUCAGACAGUGAAGAUGUGAUUGUAAUGGACACCAAACUGAAAAUCAUUGAGAUUCUGCAGUUCAUUCUCAGUGUGAGACUGGACUAUCGGAUAUCCUACAUGCUGUCCAUCUACAAGAGGGAGUUUGGGGAAAGCACUGACAACAUGGAUUGCUCUGCAGCAUCCCCACCUGACACACCAGGGACUGCCUCAGCAAUUGUUCCUGACAUAGACGAGAUUGCAGCUCAGGCUGAAACCAUGUUUGCUGGCAGAAAGGAGAAGAAUGCAGUUCAGCUGGAUGAUGAAGGGGGCAGAACUUUCUUACGUGUGCUGAUUCACCUUAUCAUGCAUGACUACCCCCCUUUGCUCUCAGGAGCUCUUCACCUGCUGUUUAAGCACUUCAGCCAGAGAGCAGAAGUUCUGCAGGCAUUCAAACAGGUCCAACUGCUGGUAUCUAAUCAAGAUGUUGAUAACUACAAGCAAAUCAAGGCUGAUCUUGAUCAGCUACGUCUGACUGUAGAAAAAUCAGAAUUGUGGGUUGAGAAGAACAGCAGUUAUGAGAGUGGAGAGGUGGGUGACAAUCAAACCAAAGGGGGAGAAGAGCCAAUAGAGGAGUCAAACAUUCUGAGUCCAAUACAGGAUGGGAUCAAAAAGCCACAGAUAGACAGCAACAAAAGCAAUAACUACAACAUCGUGAAGGAGAUUUUGAUUCGACUCAGCAAACUUUGUGUUCAGAAUAAAAAGUGUCGGAGCCAACAGCAGCGACUGCUGAAAAAUAUGGGUGCCCACUUGGUAGUCUUGGACCUUCUGCAGAUACCCUAUGAAAAGAGUGAUGAGAAGAUGAAUGAAGUCAUGAAUCUGGCACACACUUUCCUCCAGAACUUCUGUCGAGGAAAUCCUCAGAAUCAAGUUCUCCUCCACAAAAAUCUCAACCUGUUCUUAACUCCAGGGCUCCUGGAAGCUGAAACCAUGCGGCACAUCUUCACCAACAACUACCUGCUCUGCAAUGAGCUGAGUGACAGAGUGGUGCAGCACUUUGUGCACUGCAUCGAGACCCACGGCCGCCAUGUGGAGUACCUGCGCUUCCUGCAGACCAUCGUGAAGGCAGAUGGCAAGUAUGUGAAGAAGUGCCAGGACAUGGUCAUGACAGAGCUGAUCAACGGCGGCGAGGACGUGCUGGUGUUCUACAACGACCGCGCCUCCUUCCCGCUGCUGCUGCAGAUGAUGUGCUCCGAGCGCGACCGCGCCGACGGCAGCGGGGCCCUGGCCUACCACAUCACGCUGGUGGAGCUGCUGGCGGCCUGCACCGAGGGGAAGAACGUGUACACGGAGAUCAAGUGCAACUCCCUGCUGCCCCUGGAUGACAUAGUGAGAGUGGUGACCCACGAUGACUGCAUUCCUGAGGUGAAAAUUGCUUAUGUUAACUUUGUUAACCACUGUUAUGUGGACACUGAAGUGGAGAUGAAAGAGAUCUAUGCCAGUAACCAUAUCUGGAAGCUAUUUGAGAACUUCCUCAUUGAUAUGGCAAGGGUUUGCAACAUGACCACAGAUCGUAAGCAUGCAGACACCUCUCUGGAGAAAUAUGUCACGGAGCCUGUGAUGAGUAUUGUGAGUGGCUUCUUCAACUCCCCGUUUUCAGAUAACAGCACCAGCCUGCAGACACACCAGCCUGUUUUUAUUCAGCUUCUGCAGUCUGCUUUUAGAAUUUACAACUGUACCUGGCCAAAUCCAACGCAGAAAGCCGCAGUGGAGUCGUGUAUCAAGACUUUGGCAGAAGUGGCGAAGAACCGUGGGAUCGCCAUCCCGGUGGAUCUGGACAGCCAGGUCAACACCUUGUUCAUGAAGAGCCACUCCAACAUGGUGCAGCGGGCGGCAAUGGGGUGGAGAAUGUCAGCCCGCAGCGGACCCCGCUUCAAGGAGGCCCUGGGUGGGCCUGCCUGGGACUACAGGAACAUCAUAGAAAAGCUCCAGGAUGUGGUGUCCUCCUUGGAGCACCAGUUCACUCCCAUGAUGCAAGCAGAAUUCUCGGUGCUGGUUGAUGUGCUGCACAGCCCAGAGCUUCUUUUCCCUGAUGGAAGCGAUGCCAGGAUACGAUGCAGUGCUUUCAUGUCCAAGUUGAUUAAUCACACAAAGAAGCUAAUGGAGAAAGAAGAAAGGCUCUGCAUUAAAAUUCUUCAGACGCUACGGGAGAUGCUUGACAAGAAAACGAACUUCGCCGAAGAGGGCAACACUUUAAGGAAAAUCCUCCUGUAUCGCUACUUUAAAGGAGAAUAUGGAAGUGGUGUGCCCGGGCCCCUGUCUGCCAGCUACAGCAAAACUGCGCAAGUGGGAGGUGGAUUUUCAGGACAAGACUCAGAUAAGUCUGGGGUGACCAUGUUUGAUAUUCAGUGCCUUCUGGACAAGGAAGGUGCCUCGGAACUGGUUAUAGAUGUCAUCGUCAACACCAAGAACGACAGGAUCUUCUCAGAAGGCAUUUUGCUUGGGAUUGCCUUGCUGGAAGGUGGAAACGCCCAGACACAGUACUCCACAUACCAGCAACUGAAGGAGCAGAAGAAGUCAGAGAAGUUCUUUAAAGUCCUGUAUGACCGCAUGAAGGCUGCUCAGCAGGAGAUCCGCUCCACAGUCACAGUGAGCACUAUUGACCUGGGCAGCAAGAAGAAGGAUGAGGACAGUGACCUGACCGCAUCUAUUCCCAAAAAGAGAGUAAAGGAUUCAGCCCUGCACCUGAAAGAGGGCAUGAAAGGACAGUUAACAGAGGCAUCUUCUGCAACAUCCAAGGCUUACUCUGUGUACAGGAGAGAGAUGGAUGCAGAAAUAGAUCUCAUGGGCUCAGGACCAGAUGCUGCAAAUGCAGAAGAGAAGUCUGCAGAAGAAGCAGUCAUGAGCCCUACCAUUGCCGUCAUGCAGCCAAUACUGAGGUUUCUUCAGCUGCUGUGUGAGAACCACAACCGUGAGCUCCAGAAUUUUCUGAGACAUCAGAACAAUAAAACAAACUACAACCUGGUUUGUGAGACCCUCCAGUUUUUGGACUGUAUCUGUGGAAGCACAACAGGUGGACUGGGCUUGCUGGGGCUUUACAUCAAUGAGAGGAACGUGGCUCUCGUGAACCAGACGCUGGAAAGCUUGACCGAGUACUGCCAAGGCCCGUGCCAUGAGAACCAGACUUGCAUAGCCACCCAUGAGUCUAAUGGGAUUGACAUUAUAAUUGCACUCAUCUUGAAUGACAUCAACCCUCUUGGCAAAUACUGCAUGGAGCUGGUGCUUCAGCUGAAGAACAAUGCCUCCAAGCUGUUGCUGGCCAUUAUGGAGAGCAGGCACGACAGCGAGAAUGCAGAACGAAUCCUUUUCAACAUGAGACCAAGGGAACUGGUAGAUGUGAUGAAGAAUGCCUACAACCAAGGCCUGGAAUGUGACCAGGAGGAGGAGAAUGGAGAUGAUGGCAUCUCCCCAAAGGAUGUUGGUCAUAAUAUCUAUAUUCUGGCACACCAGUUGGCUCGUCACAACAGAACACUGCAGCAGAUGCUGAAGCCGGGGUCAGACCCAGAUGAAGGAGAUGAAGCCUUGGGGUAUUAUGCCAAUCACACAGCACAGAUAGAGAUUGUCCGCCACGACAGGACGAUGGAGCAGAUUGUCUUCCCCGUGCCCAACAUCUGCGAGUUCCUCACACGCGAGUCCAAGAGCCGUGUGUUCAACACCACCGAGAGAGACGAGCAGGGCAGCAAGGUCAAUGACUUCUUCCAGCAGACAGAGGACUUGUACAACGAGAUGAAGUGGCAGAAGAAAAUCAGGAAUAACCCACCCCUGUUUUGGUUCUCCAGACACAUCUCUCUCUGGGGGAGCAUUUCCUUCAACCUUGCUGUGUUCAUCAAUUUAGCAGUUGCUCUGUUCUACCCCUUCGGAGACGAUGGAGAUGAAGGCACGCUCUCUCCGCUGAUCUCAGCCCUGCUGUGGGUAGCAGUGGCCUUCUGCACAGCGAUGCUCUUCUUCAUCUCCAAGCCCGUGGGCAUUCGGCCCUUCUUGGUGUCUGUUAUGCUCAGGUCCAUUUACACCGUGGGGCUGGGGCCUACCUUGAUACUCCUUGGUGCUGCUAAUCUCUGUAACAAGAUAGUGUUCCUGGUGAGCUUCGUGGGGAACCGUGGGACUUUCACCCGUGGCUACAGAGCGGUCGUCAUGGACAUGGCUUUCCUCUACCACGUGGCCUAUGUGCUGGUCUGCAUGCUGGGCCUCUGUGUGCACGAAUUCUUCUACAGCUUUCUGCUGUUUGACCUGGUGUACAGAGAAGAGACCCUGCUCAAUGUGAUCAAGAGCGUGACCCGCAACGGCCGCUCCAUUAUCCUCACCGCAGUGCUGGCCCUCAUCCUGGUUUAUCUCUUCUCCAUCAUUGGCUUCCUCUUCUUGAAAGAUGACUUCAUCAUGGAGGUCGACAGGCUGAAAAUCAGGAGCCCUGCUGCAGAUACUGGUGAAGUCCCUACUACAACCUUGACAUCAGUGAUGGGAGCCUGUGCAAAGGAGAACUGUUCCACAAGCAUCCCAGCUGUGAACCCAGGUGAAGAGGAGGAGGAUGGAAUAGAAAGGACCUGCGACACCCUGCUGAUGUGCAUCGUGACCGUGCUGAACCAAGGGCUGCGCAACGGUGGCGGCGUGGGAGACGUCCUCAGGAAGCCCUCCAAAGAUGAGCCCCUGUUUGCUGCUCGGGUUGUUUAUGAUCUGCUGUUUUACUUCAUUGUCAUCAUUAUUGUUCUAAACCUGAUCUUUGGAGUCAUCAUUGACACAUUUGCUGAUCUCAGGAGUGAAAAGCAGAAAAAAGAGGAAAUACUGAAGACAACCUGCUUCAUCUGUGGGCUGGAGAGAGACAAAUUUGAUAACAAGACUGUUUCGUUUGAGGAGCACAUCAAGUCAGAGCACAACAUGUGGCAUUAUUUGUACUUCAUAGUUCUUGUCAAAGUCAAAGAUCCAACGGAGUACACUGGACCCGAGAGCUACGUGGCACAGAUGAUCGCAGAGAAGAAUCUGGACUGGUUCCCUCGGAUGAGAGCCAUGUCUCUGGUCAGCAACGAAGGCGACAGUGAGCAGAAUGAGAUCAGGAACCUGCAGGAGAGGCUGGAGUCUACCAUGACCCUUGUGAAGCAGCUUUCCAGUCAGCUUGCUGAGCUCAAGGAGCAGAUGACAGAACAAAGGAAGAACAAGCAGCGGCUGGGCUUUCUGGGAUCCAACACAGCCCAUGUGAAUCAUCACAUGCCACCACCCUGAUGCCACGGGGAGAAGCCGUGCCUGGCCUUUCAUCAGCACCCCUGCUGCACUGCGGAGUGAGGGCAGCCAACAGUGCCUAUUGUUGGAGUUACAAACAACCCAGCGCCAGGGAGUUGAGCGCUGGAGCUCUGGGAACAAUUUGUAGCUGUUUGCCAUGGUUGAACAGGGACCACAGCCUCUAGUGCCAGAGAUAGGAGUGAGCUGGUUUGUGUUCCUUCUUGGCUGCCCCGGCACUCUGCAGCGCCACGGCCUCACACAGCUGCCCUCAGAGCUUGGGCUGCACCUUUAGAGCUGCUUCAGACCCCUCCCCAGAGCACUGGGACCACCAGGACAGGCAGGAGGAGGAGGAAUGCUUCAUUGCUGCGGGCAUAGCAGCCUGGGUCAGAGUCAAGGGAGGUCAUUUCUGGCUUUGCCAAACAGCAGCAUUAGUCACAUUUGCUUGGCACCUGUGCUUUGUUAAUUGCCUUGGAUCUGUCAGCUGCCUCAAGUGACUUCUGCUGGGAGGGAAAGGGGAGAAACCUCAGAAGGCUGGAAAAACAAAGCAAAAAUAUCAAAAUCUAGAAAAAGGCUUGCAAAGAGAAACAUUAAGGCUUUGGAACUGUAGCUGUCACGAUGCAAUUUCUUAUUUAUAACAGAGCACAGUGCAGCUACAGCUGUGGGAACACUGACAACAGAACUGCAAGUGAGUUCUUUCUCCUGGCUUCUGAUCUUCCCUGUUAAUGUGGCCCUGGAAUUUCACAUCCUGAGGAGUUAAACUGUGUUUUACCGCCAAGUUCCAGCGGAGAGCUCAGGACACAAAAUAUCCUCCUUUCCUAGCUUGCAGCAUGCAUGGGCUUUAAUUCUUCUGCAGAAGCUUACAAGAGCCUGCCUGUGUGGAACUGUAAUGUGUCCUUACCUUCCGUAAGCUCCUCUUCUGCAGCAGAUGACUGUAAACAAGCCCCAUCCUCUGCCAGCUCACGUCUGAGCUGGCGACCGUAGGCUUGUGC